UCUGAGUUCUGAACGGUGGUUCCAAUUUAACCUACUAAAAUAUUCUGAAGCCACAAGCGAAAAACAACUUUUGGCAAAAUGUUUGAUCAAACGAUUUUCGUGUCAUUUUUUAUGGGCUGCUUUGCAAUUUCCGCGCUUUCCAAUGCAGCGCCCAAUCAAGUCCAGAUGAAAUCAAAUGUUACUCCAAACAUUCGACUUUUCCACCAACAUAAAAUAUUGACGCCAACAGUACGAGAUGUUAUACAGCAGUUAACAUUCGAGAGUCCGUUUAGAAAAGCGUUCAUUGAUUCGCUGCGAAGUCCACAUCGGGUACCAUCCCCUACAGUGGCACAAAUAUUGGCUCCAUACACGAAUGUUUGGGAACAUAUUUCGAAAACAGCUCCACAAAACUCGAAUAGUGACGAACCACAUUCAAAGAAGUAUUCCUCAUCAGGAGUGGACAUAGAUUCGGCUUCAUCUUUAGUUUCAAACUACAUUCAUAAAGCUAGUCCAAAUAAGCAAACAGAUUUAAGUCAGUCUGUAAGUCUUAAUCAACCACACCUCGACGCCGAAUCAAUAACUUCAGACAGACAUAUGCAUCACGGUCAAGGGGCUAUGUCCACGAAAAGUCAUGUCAACAAAAUAGCAUCAUCGCCGCCGGCACCUCCACCUCUGCCUCCACCUUUGCUCCCAAAGUCAGUUGAAAAUCCCAAAACUUCUUUGAGUGAAAGUGCCAGUCAAAUAGGAAAUCUCAAUGAUGCUUUUGAACAAGGUAAUGAAUAUUCGGAAAUUGACCCAUCUGAAUGGACCUUUGAAGAAAAAGUUGAAUUUUAUGAAAAACGAAUCCAAGCCAUGAAAUUAAUGAAUGAAAUUCUUUCCGGACAAUCGAAAAAAUAAAUUACAUCAGUCAACAAG